AAAAAAAAAAAAAAAUGGGAGCCUCGACCGGACUCCUAUGGACCAUAUCCAUCGCGGUUUUGAUCGCAGCCGCGGCUGCGGCGGAGGCCGAGACCAAAUGGCCGGGGAAGUGGGAAAUGUUCCUGCAGAACUCGGGUGUCUCGGCAAUGCACGCGGCCUUGAUGCCUAACAACAAGGUUCUGUUCUACGACUCCACCAUCUGGAGAACCUCCGAGAUCAAACUGGCUAAGGACGAGCCUUGCCACGUGUACGACCCGAACAAGCCGGCCGAUUGCUUCGCUCACUCGGUUCUUGUCGACGUCAACACCGGUGCCCUAAAGCCUCUUCUGCUAAGCACGGACACAUGGUGCUCAUCCGGAGGUUUGACUAAAAACGGGACUUUGGUUAGCACCGGAGGGUUCCAAGGAGGAGCUAACACGGCUAGGUACCUAGGCACGUGCGAUGACUGCAAGUGGGUCGAGUACCCGACCGCUCUUGCGGCCAAGAGAUGGUAUUCGACCCAAGUCACCCUCCCCGAUGCCUCGUUCAUGGUGGUGGGCGGUCGGGAUGCCCAAAACUACGAGUUCAUUCCCCGGGAAGGAAGGACCAACACCAAACUUUUCGACUCGGCUUUGCUAAGAGAAACAACCGAAAGGGAUGAGAACAAUCUCUACCCUUUCGUUUGGCUCAACACCGACGGGAAUCUCUUCAUUUUCGCCAACGAUCGAUCCAUCCUCCUCAGCCCGAGAACCAACACGGUCCUAAAAGAGUUUCCGAGGCUCCCCGGCGGCGCACGUAGCUACCCGGGAUCCGCGAGCUCGGCCCUUCUCCCUAUCCGUCUAGGUCUUGUCAACCCAGACGUCAUUCCAGCCGAGGUUAUCAUCUGCGGUGGCUCGAGAAAGGACGCCUAUUCUCGCGCUUACCACAAGAUCUACGAGCCGGCGUUGCAAGAUUGCUCGAGAAUCAGCAUCAAUAGCCCUAACCCUCAAUGGGUGACCGAGAUCAUGCCUACUCGACGUGUGAUGGGUGACUCCGUGAUCCUUCCCACGGGCGAUAUCCUCUUUGUCAACGGCGCACAACGUGGAUGCUCCGGCUGGAACUAUGCCAAGGAUCCCAACCACGUCCCCCUCUUGUACUCCCCUGACCGCACCAUUGGAAAACGCUUCACAGAACUCGCACCUUCCACCAUCCCGCGUAUGUACCACUCGACUGCUAUCGCUCUCCCCGACGGUAAAGUCCUGGUCGGAGGCAGCAACACGAACAACGGAUACCUCUACAACGUGGAGUACAACACCGAGCUCCGCGUCGAGAAAUACUCGCCGCCGUACCUGGACCCGGCUCUAUCCAACCUCAGGCCGACAAUCGUGGCCUCGGGCACGCCCAAACAGGUGAGGUUCAGGAGGAAGUUCACCGUGAAGAUCGAGCUGAAACAGGAGAAAGUGGUGAAGGAGGAUCUGAAGGUUACGUUGCUGGCGCCAUCUUUCACCACGCACACGGUCUCGAUGAACAUGAGGAUGGUGGUGUUAGGGCUGAACGACGUUAAACGCAACGUGGCUCCAGGCGUUCACCACAUUCAAGUCUACGCGCCGCCGAACAGAAACAUUGCGCCGCCCGGUUACUAUCUGAUCUUCGCCGUAUACAGAGGUGUCCCCAGCGCCGGAGAGUGGAUUCAGGUUGUCUAAAAAGAUCGAUAACGACGACGAUCUUUUUGCUCUGAAGCACCGAUGGUUGAUUCAAGAUUUCUUUUUUUGGCCCAUGUUUUUCGUCGAUUCUUGUGCGCGACAAUUCUUUAAUUCUUUUUGUG